CUUCCUCUUUGGAAUGUGGAGUUGAAUGUACAACCUUCUCUGAUUAUUAGUUCCUCACGUGUAUCUAUCAAUUUUGUUUUCAUUAAGUUGUUGAUUUAGUAUACUGGUUUUAAAAUGCCGAAAUCGAAAAGAGACAAGAAAGUUUCCCUGACUAAAACUACUAAAAAGGGACUACAGUCUAAACAACAACUCGUAGAAGAUAUAAAGGAUUGUUUGGGGAAAUAUAAGAAUGUUUUUGUUUUCACAACUCCUAACAUGAGGAACACUCAACUGAAAAGUUUAAGAGCUGAUUGGAAAAAUGACAGCAGGUUUUUUUUUGGAAAAAACAAAGUUAUGACUCUUGGCCUAGGGCGAAAAAAAUCAGAAGAAGUGGAAAAAGAUAUUCAUUUGGUUUCUAAAUUUGUCAAAGGACAAUGCGGCCUUUUAUUUACCAAUAAAUCUCAAGAGGAAGUAGUUGAAUAUUUCAGUAACUUUGUUGCUUAUGAUCAUCCACGCAGUGGCUUCAUUGCAACAAAGACUGUAACACUCCUUGAAGGACCUUUACCAGAAUUUCCUCAUUCCAUAGAGCCUCAAUUACGGCAAUUAGGUCUUCCAACUAGUUUGCAACGGGGUGUUGUCACACUGACUCAAGAACAUUCUGUUUGCAAGGAAGGAAAACCUCUUACUCCAGAACAAGCUAGGAUAUUGAAACUACUUGACAAUAAAAUGGCGGAGUUCAAAGUUAUUUUGUUGUGUUCUUGGUCUAAAGAUGGAUUCGUUAGCUAUGUAAAAGACAAAAACAAGCUCAAAAAAAUAGCCAAUGCCUCUAAUAAUGAUGAAGAUGAGAGUAUGGAUGAAGAUUAGAAAUUGUUUUUUGUAUAUAACUUUUAUUUUUUUAAACAUUAUAAUAUUAAUUGUA